AUGGGUCCCAAGCAGGACGUGGCGGAGACGAGCGACGACGAGAAGGAGGAGGUGGGGGAGGAGGAGGAGGAGGCAGAAGGGGAAGGGGCGCUGGAGGACGACGGGGAUGCAGAGAGCGAGGGCGACCCGGACAGCCGAUUGAAGCGGCGCCUGCUGUCGGCGCAGGCCAAGGAGCGGCUGACCGCGCUGAGUGAGCGGUGCCGGCUGCUGACAGCGGAGAACGAGAAGCUGACCGAGGAGGUGACGGAGGCGCGGAGCUCGCUCCACGACAUCAGCGAGGUGCUGACAGCGGAGGUGGCGGCCAAGACAGCAGCAGUGGCGGCGCUCGAGCGCCAGCUGGCGGAGGCGCUGCGGGAUGCGGAGCGCACUCGGGGGGCGCUGGAGCGUGAGCUAGCGGAGGAGCGCACCACCGCCAAGCAGCACAUUGCAGACCUGACGACCCGCACCGAGGAUGCCGAGAGGCAGCUGCGGGAGGUGCGCGACUUUGCGGAGCGCAAGGGCCACCUGGACGAGCAGUUGGCAGCGGCGCGCGCGGAGCUGGUGCGGCAACACAAGGAGCACGAGGACGCGCUGUGCAGCCUGGAGCGGCACACCGUGCAGGACAAGGAUGCACUGCGCAAGGAGGCGGCGGCCAAGCUCAAGGAGGCCAAGGCGGCCAUGAUGGCCCUCACCGAGAGCCAGCUGGACACAGUGAGCCCGCGCCGCCAGCGGGACAGCGCCGCGCACCCUGCACAGCGCCGGCAGGCAGCGGGGGAGCGGGCCCUUGGUGCUUGUCCAGACAUGCCUCCAGCCUCUGCUGAAUGCCAGUGUUUGACGGAGGGUGCCGCUGCUGAGCAUGCGGCGUGGCAUCCUGCGCAGGCGACCCGCGCGACUAUUGCGGAGAACGAGGCCCUGGCCACGGAGCUGCGCUACACGGCCAAGCGCGCGGAGAAGCUGCUGCAGCAGAGCGAGAAGCUGGCCGCCGAAAAUGCCGCGCUCAAGCGCGACCUCGACCUCUCCAACACGCUCGCGGCGGAGGUGGCGCGCAAGCAGUGCCUGUCCGCUAAGGCGGUGGCCCUGCUCACAGCGCGCGUGGCGGGGCAGCACGAGGCGCACCGCGAGGUUGACCAGGAGUGUGCCGACCUGCGCGCGCAGGCGCGGGCCCUGGCGGCCCACCGCAACGCCCUGGAGGACCAGCUCGCCGCAGCGCAGCAGGACGCGGCGCGGCUGCGCGGUGUGGCGGAGGCGCAGGCGGCGGAGCUGGCGGCGGCCGCUGCGCACGAGGACGAGGCGCUGCAUUUUUUGCGUGCGUGCCUCGCGGAUGUGCGCGAGCAGAUCGUGGCGGUGACGGCGCCCCCGGCAGGCGGCCCCGACAGCACGGGCCCCGCGGUGGUGCAAGGGGGCCUCGACGAGCUGGCGCCGCACCAGCGGCAGCACGCGCUCGAGUACCUCUUCCGCAAGCUGGCCGCGUACCAGGCCGUCAAGCGUGGUGCGGCCAGCCUGGCCCCCGCCGUGCAAUACUCCUUCGCCUCCGCGCGAUUUGCCGGGCUGGGAUCCCCCAUUGCGACCCUACAAAGUGACCCCUCCAUCUCGGAGCUGUUGGCGCUGUCCGCGCCGCUCUCCCCCGUCAAAGGCGACGCCGUGUCUCCCCAUGGCCCCGGGACGAAGCCGCCGCCGCCGCCCGAGAUGGCGUCGCAGCCACAGUGCGGCGUCGGGGCCAUGGGGCGGUCGCCGCCGGGGGCAGAACGGGACCGGAGCAGUCUUAAGGGCGGCGGCAGACUGGCGGGGCCAGGCCGGGCGAACGGCCCGAGAGCACCGAGGAUAGGCGGCAGCAGACUCAAAGACACGUGA